AUGAAUUCUAGUGUCACAAUAGUCGAUGAUAAAGCUAAGGUUACAGAAGAAACAGAUUCUCCAUUGAAAGGAAUCCAUUGUGGUGCUGUUAUUCGACCAGAACCGUUAUUUCAUCGCCGAACACGACUAAUAAUUGAUACACAUUAUAAUAAUGAACAUAAUCUAUUACGCAAUGGUUUAGAACAAACGGAAUUCGAUCAUAUCAAUUUAAUUUCGUUAGACAAACUCUUUGACAAUAAACGCGAAAUUUUCCUUGGCUUUGGCUUACCAAAUGUGUAUUUAACAAUUCCGAAUGAACAAUUCGAUGGUUAUAUUAAAUUCGCUGCAUUCAUGUUUUGGCGUCAAUUAAGUGCUGUUGUCAACACGAAAGGUCGCGUUCAAUCCGGUUUUCUGAUUCGAUUUCGGAACACACCAGAAGAUAUGCUCACGGCCAUUCGCCAAUCGAUGCAACAACACUCGAAUCAACGACAUAUUUCAUGUGCAUAUGCCAAUGCGUCUGUAUUAACUGCAUCUGGAAUGACGAGCGGCGGCUCUGAUCUUCGCAGUAAUAUCGGUGCACGUUCUUUGUUUCAACAAAUCUAUGAAAACGGAUUGGAACUGAAUGGCGAACCGAUCAAAUUCGAUAUCAUUCGAACAACUCCAUUAACGUUAGAAGAGCAUUUUCACGAAGUUCGCAAGAAGGAAUUCACAAGUAUCGGCCGAACUUUCAAGAAGAUUUACAAUGAAUGUGUGCACUCAGAUGAUAAAAAUCGUGCACCAUUGAUCGAAGUUCACGAUAAUCCUACGAAUCCAAUCAUUGAAUCGAACAAAGAUUACUUGACUCGAUUAGAAAUUUCACGUCCGGCACGAUUGGGUGCGAUCAUAAGAAAAAUUUGGGGCUCACACACAUUAUUCAAAGUCAUUCCUAAUCAGGAAAAGAUUGAUAUCAAUAUAUAUCUCCCGGAAAGUCUUCGCGCGUUUCCUUCGAAAAAUCCCGAUUUAUUCACACGCUUGAAAAAGUAUUUACUCUUUUCUCGACCAGUCGUGUUAACCAUUCGAAAGCAAAUGGCAUCACUUUGGGAUGAUCAUGGAGAAUUUUCUUCCUCGUCCAUAGCAUCAAUGAUGAGUAUCAAUACAAAAGCCGACGCACAUGUCUACAAUAUUGUGAUUACGGGACAUCAUUUGAUAGGAAUGCAUAGUAAUCCGUUUCUGAGUUCGAAAUUAGUCAACUGGAUUUUGUCGAAACAUGUUCUCAUUUCCGGUUACGAUGAUGACGUCCGUUUUGCUGGCGAAGCCUGGAUGGAGCAUCAAGCGGACGGAGUGAUCUUUCAUAUCACGAACAAUUCGGGCACUUACAAACCGAAUCGGGAGCAUUUGGUAAAGACCGCUGAGUUUUUAUCGGAUGUGAUUCCUGGAUUGCAUGUACAAACUCAUGCAGCUGAGGAUCUUCCGGCGACUUCUCCCGAAAAGAAGAACAAGAAGAAAGAAGGGAUGUUGUUUAGCAUGAAGAACCUUCUUAUUCUUAUCAUCGCAAUUCUCAUUGGAUUGUAUUUUACUAGAGUUUAA